AACGAGAGUAGUUCGGAAGAAAAGGCUAGGCAAAAAGAAGCCAAAAUUGGAAGAUGAUGAUAUGUUGGAUGAUGGAAAAGUUGAAAAGAAAAUGUAUAAACGAAAAAAUAAAUGGAAGGGCAAUGGGGACAAGGAGCAUUUAAAGAGAAAGAAAAAGCAGAAGCUGCUGGAAGAGAAAUUUUUGCUUCAUGUAGAGGAUAAUUUAGAUGGUACAUUACAAAAGGCAACACAAGCAUCAGGCAAGAAGAGUAAGUUUCAGCAGACACAAAAAAAAGGUCAGUAUGCUUUGUUGGUCCGCAACUCAAUGGAUGGAGCUGAAUCUGACAAUGAUGGCUAUGUACUAUAUGAUGGAAAGCGAACUGUGCUUGCUUGGAUGAUUGAUUUGGGUACUGUGCCACAGGAUGGGAAGGUGGAAUAUUUGAUCCAAAGAAGAACACGUACAACUCGUGAGGGUAAGUCUGGUAGGAUAACAAGGGAUGGCAUCCAGUGCAACUGUUGUAGUGUUGUCUUCACUGUUGCAGAAUUUGAGACUCAUGCAGGGAGCAAACUCCAUCAGCCUUUUCUGAAUAUAUGUUUAGAAACCGGAACUCCCCUCCUGCAAUGCUUGUUAGAUGCAUGGAACAAACAGCAGCAGUCUAAUUGUAAGGGCUUCCAUUAUGUAGAUUUUGGUGGUGAAGACCCAAAUGAUGAUACUUGUGGUAUCUGUGGGGAUGGCGGUGACUUGAUCUGUUGUGAUAGUUGCCCGUCAACAUUCCAUCAAAGCUGCUUAGAUAUUAAAGCAUUCCCGUCAGGUAACUGGCACUGUGUCUACUGUGCAUGCAAAUAUUGUGGGAUGGUUGGAAAUGCAUCACAAAGGGACAAAGAUGAGGAGAUAGAUCCUGCAGUACUUACAUGCCAUUUAUGUGAAGAAAAAUAUCAUCAACCAUGUAUUCAGACAAUGGAUGCUUUAGAUGAUGAGUCUAGUGGUGCAUCCUUUUGUGGGAAGAAAUGCAAGGAGUUGUUUGAGAGACUUCAGAUGCUAAUUGGGGUUAAACAUCAAAUGCCAGAGGGCUUCUCAUGGACUCUUCUUCACCGUUUUGAUAUCAGUGCAGAUGUUUGUCUCAAUGAAGCAUAUCGGGAGGUUGAAUCAAAUUCUAAGCUAGCUGUUGCAUUAUCUGUGAUGGAUGAGUGCUUUUUGCCUCUUGUUGACCACAGAAGUGGGAUCAAUCUGAUUCAUAAUAUUGUCUAUAAUUUUGGGUCAAACUUCACUAGGCUAAACUACAGAGGUUUUUUCACUGCAAUUCUAGAAAAGGGUGAUGAAAUUAUCUCUGCAGCAUCCAUCAGGAUACAUGGAAACCAGUUAGCUGAGAUGCCUUUCAUUGGGACCCGUUAUGCUUAUAGGCGUCAAGGGAUGUGCCGCCGGCUUCUUUGCGCAGUUGAAUCUGCUCUCAGCUCUCUGAAUGUUGAGAAAUUGGUCAUACCAGCAAUCUCAGAACUCAGGGAAACAUGGACUUCUGUCUUUGGUUUCCAGCCACUAGAAACUGCAAGCAAGCAAACGAUGAGGAACAUGAAUAUGCUGGCAUUCCCGGGUGUAGAUAUGUUAGAGAAACGAUUGCUUAUGCAUGUUACAGAUGACCAGAUGAUGGAUAAUGCGUCCAAUAAAGCUGGACAGAAGUGUUCAGUUGUGUUUGAUUUGAAUGUUUCUGCUGAGAGUCCUGCACCCCAAACAGAUGAGAGAAACGGUGAAGCUGCUGCUGUUGAAUUAAUGUUGCUGUAUUCUGAUGGCACCUUUAAAGAUACAUCUGAUUUAAUGGGUGAGAACAUCAAUCUUCCAGAAUCUGCUACUGGUUGUUCAUGCAUUCCAGCAUAUGGAGAACAGAAACUGGAUUUUGACUCUAAAUUAACCAUACCAUCUGAGGUGAAAAUUUAUGAAAGCAUUAUCAAACAGAACCUUGAUUCUAAGCAUGAGGGUUCUGUCAAUCAGUCUGAUGGUAUUGUCCCUGCUGAAAAUGAAGUGGCAGGUCGGAUGUCUGAGGAUGCAAAGGACACCAAGCAUCAUGAAAAUUCAAAAUUGCAGGUGGUAGGAUGUGUUUCUGAUUUUGAUAAGAUGUUCCUUCGGGCUGAAGUGAAAAAUUGCCAUGCUAUUGGCGACGAUGUGGCUAACCAAACUUCUUCAUCAGCUCUCCCAAGUGCUCAAGAUGUUGCAAAUGGCCAUUAUGAUGCCUCAUCUAGCGACGGUAAAAGUAGUUCUUCCUGUCAGGAUGACAGGAUUGGCCCUGGUGCAUCUGGAGAAGUAUCAGUUCCACAUGAUGUAAAUUCUCUUCCUUGUGAGGUUUGUGAUGAUACCUCCAAAAAAGAAAACUUGCAGCUUUGCAUGCACAUUUCCCCAGAGAUUGUCUCAGGUGGUUCUGAGGUUGCCUUGACCAUCAUCUGUGAUCGGAAAGAAACAUCAACUGCAAUACAGUCUGAUUUCUCUGAAGAUAAUUUAACUAGUAUGGUUCAGAAGAAUAUUAAAUCUCCUACCCAAUCUCCUCAGCAGCCUGUAUCCAGUUCUCAGGUUGAUCCCCCUCAUGCUGCAUCCUGUGAUUCUGAAUCUUUUUGCAUCUCAAAUUCUAGUACUGGAGUGGCCCUUUACUAUGCGGCUGGUGGGGGUGAAUCACAUGGACCUGAGGUUAUAGUUUUGUCUAACCAAGCUAGCUAAAACCCUGUCUAUUUCCGGUUUCAAUCAGGUGUCUUUCUGAUGGCAGCCACGACAAAGUUGCUAGCCUUCUGUAAGCGCUUGGUAUUUUCAUCCAUUAAGAUAUCAGUUUAGAAUUUUUUAUGACGGGGGUUAUGACGAGGGCUAAAUUUAGGUUCAUACUGUUUUUUUUGUCUCUUUUGCCGUGUACAUUAUAGGCCAAUAGUAUUCUCUAGGAUAGCUUAACGCCAUUGAGGUUUUGUAUAUUUUGACCUUCCCAUGCGCUUUGUAAAUGGAAAAUUUAACAACUGAGCUAUACUAA